AGAAAUGGGCUUAUUAGGCAAAGUUCAGAGAGCCAAAGUCAUAACCAAACUGAUGGUCACCGGCUUCACCAGCAACAACUUGUUUAAGCGUCUGGUGAUGUUCGUAAUUGAGGACGGUAAGAGUGAGCCCGAUCCGCAGAGAACCCAGGAGUUGAUACUGUACACUUACAAUGACCAAGGACUUUUUGGGGUUUGUGAAUGCUUGCAGGAGUACUUGGAUUACCGGGGAAGCGACUGGUCGCGCGUGUACAAGGCGAUCAUAGUGUUUGAGCAGAUUGCUAUUCGUGGCAGCGAGAAUGCGUUGAUGUUCACCGAGAAUAUCGACACAAAGUUCAAGGAGUUGGAGGCCUACAGCGGAGCAGGAAAGGACUCGAUUAAUGCUGCUGCCAAGCGGUUGUAUGAUUUUUUGCAGGACGAGGAUUUGAUAGCUGAGACGAGAAAAAAUGUUCAGCCGUCGGGGGUGGUGUUUACGGGAGGCCAGAUUUACCAGGUGUAAUGAGCCAACAAAUUGUUAGCAAUGCCAUAGUAGAAUAUAUGCAAGCUGAUCUCUAAAAUAAAAUAUGUCGAGUAUCACAAAUAAAACAUGAAGC